AUGACAACCAAUCACGAAAAUGUGGAUGAACUUCCAACCAUGUUACAAGAGAUUUACAUGAGUGGUCUCAUGGAUGAUCCUAUCGACGGAGAACGUACUAGUUCGGAGAGGCACAAUUUGUUUAAGUUCAUGAAGUUGUUCGAUGAUGCUCAACGUCAAGGCAACGCCGCAUUGGAGAAUUGCCCUACAUGUACGGAGUCUAGAUACAAGUUGAACGACAAGACGGGUAAAAAAAUUCCACACCAAAAUUUUGAGGUACUUUCCCUUGACACCGAGAUUGAAAAGAUUGUACAUGUCCAAAAAACAACUGCAUAUAUGAGAUGGCACAAGGAUAAGCGACUGGAUGAUGGAGUAUUGAGACAUCCAGCUGAUGGUGAGGCAUGGAAGGACCUUGAUAGGCUGCAUCCUACGUUCUCUGCGGAUCCUCGGAAUGUACGGCUAGUGCUUGCCACGGAUGGUUACCUGGCCUGCCCUAAUUGUAACAUCGAUGCAUCAUCUCAGAGUUUGCGAAGUAAGAUUGGGUAUAUGGGUGCUCGACGGUACUUACUUGAGAACCAUAAUUGGCGUAGAAAGAAGAAUAUAUGUGACAAUCUGCUUGGGACACUAUUGAGCAUUGAUGGUAAGAACAAGGACACCGACAAAGCACGUUUGGAUUUGGAGGACAUGCGAAUACGAAAGGAGUUACACUUGAUAAGGCAUGCAAAUGGCUCUUUGCAGAAGCCUCCGGCAUUGUACACAUUGUCCCCAGUAAAACGAAUAGGGUUUUAUGAUUUCUUGCAAUCAGUUAAGUAUCCUGAUGGCUAUGCAACAAAUGUAUCCAAUUGUGUCACGGCGAAAGGUGAGAAGAAUAUAUGUGACAAUCUGCUUGGGACACUAUUGAGCAUUGAUGGUAAGAACAAGGACACCGACAAAGCACGUUUGGAUUUGGAGGACAUGCGAAUACGAAAGGAGUUACACUUGAUAAGGCAUGCAAAUGGCUCUUUGCAGAAGCCUCCGGCAUUGUACACAUUGUCCCCAGUAAAACGAAUAGGGUUUUAUGAUUUCUUGCAAUCAGUUAAGUAUCCUGAUGGCUAUGCGACAAAUGUAUCCAAUUGUGUCACGGCGGAAGGUGGUAAGUUAGUUGGCCUCAAGAGUCAUGACUGUCAUGUCCUUCUACAACGACUUCUUCCCAUUGGACUGCAAGGAUACCUUCCUACCGAGAUUGGGACCACGUUGUUUGAGUUUGGAACUUUUUUCAAACAGUUGUGCUCAAAGACAUUAAGGGUAACUGAUUUGGAGAAAUUGCAAGAACAAAUCGUACUUAUACUUUGUAAGCUUGAAAAGAUUUUUCCUCCUGCUUUUUUCGAUGUCAUGGUCCACUUGGCAAUUCAUUUACCUUACAAGGCUAGGCUUGGAGGUCCUGUUCAAUAUCGAUGGAUGUAUCCUAUUGAGAGGAUGCUCAGUCUUCUUAAAGGAUUUGUGUGCAAUAAAGCUCGUCCAGAAGGAUCAAUUGCGGAGGCCUACAUAUCGAAAGAGCAAAGAGUGUACGAUGUUUUGUUCAAUAUGAACCAAUUGCGAAAUGACAACUCACCCGAAGCAACCGAUGAGAUGUGA